UUCUUUCUUAUUCUCAGUUUCUUUCCCAAAGCCCUAAACUAAACUAAACCCUCUUCCCGCCGUCUCGUCACCAUCGAACCAGUCCCGCCCCAUCUCGCCACCGCGCCGGCAAACUGACAAUUCAUCUACGCCACUGUCUCCCUCUCACCAUCACCUUCUUCCAACAGUAUCAGAUUUUUGAAAAUCAACUAUUUAUUUGAAUCAGUGUUGUUUUCAACUAUCAUUAUUAUUACUUGCAAUGGAAUUUUCAGAAGAAUGGAAAUCACUAUUCCCAAUAGGUGCAUCCACUGUAUCAAAUCUUCUUCUUCACUCUGAUCCUGAUUCCCUUGGUCCACUCUUCUUUAACCCUAAUUCUAACUCACCAACCCCUAUUUUCUCUUCCACAAUUCCCUCUCUUCACCUUCCACACAACCUCUUAACCGAACGCUACCUUUUAACCUCCGACCCUUCCAUUCUCCCCUCCACUGCUUCCACUAUUGCCCAUCUAUUUGAUUCUACUCCUGAACUCGAUGAUGACAAUGUUUCUCAUUUCCUUCACAACCGCAUUCAACUUCUUAAAUGCCCGAAUACCCCAAAAGCUGUUGUUAUCUUCCCAACCGGUGCCAAUGACGAAACUAUUGGCUUUUUUAUGUUGGGUGUUAAGGACUCGCUGUUGGAGACUCGGCUUGAUGUCAAAGGCGAUGUCUUUCGAGCUUCUACUGGUUCUUCUAGCCGUAUCUUGAGGAUGUCAGUGAAUCCAGUUACUGAGGAUGACAGUGAACCCGAUUCUUCUCCUGUUAUUGGAUAUGUGUUGGCUUCUUCACGUUAUUCUGUUUGUUGGUUUGAUGUCAAACAUAAUUUGAGUUCGGAUAGUCCUAGUAUGUCUUAUUUGGGAAGAAGUAAAGUGUUUAAGGAAGCUGUUGUGCGUGCUUGUUGGAGUCCUCAUAUAUUGGAAGAGAGUAUGGUUUUGUUAGAAAGUGGUCAAUUGUUUUUGUUUGAUGUGGAUGCUCAAGGUUCAAUGAAGACUUUCAAAGGGACUAGGUUGAGAGUACCAUGGAAUGAUUCAGCUUGUUCUGAAAACAAGGCUUGGCUUAGUUGUGAAUUUAGUUGGCAUCCAAGGAUUUUGAUUGUUGCCCGUUACGAUGCUGUAUUUUUAGUUGAUUUUAGAUCAAAUGAAUGCAAUGUGACUUGCCUUUUGAAGAUUGAGACAUUGCGGAUGUAUGCUCCUGAUGAAAACGAGCGGUUUCUUGCCUUGUCAAGGGUUGGUACUGAAUCUCCUGAUAACUUUUACUUCACUGUGACUUCUAGAAGUCUUUUAGUUCUAUGCGAUAUAAGGAACCCUUUGAAGCCAGUAUUGCAAUGGAGGCACGGCAUUGAUGAACCGUGCUACAUGACUGUAUUAAGUUUGUCUACGUUGAGAUCCCACUCAAAAGAAGAUACUUUUCAGUUGGCUUCUGAAAUGGGAUUUUGCAUUAUCUUGGGAUCAUUUUGGAAUUCUGAGUUCAAUAUCUUCUGCUAUGGACCUGCAUCAUUUCGAAAAGGUUCUAUUACUUCAACGCUUUCAAAGAUUAACACAACAUUCUGUGCUUGGGAGCUUCCAUCUGAGAUCAAUUUAUCAAGUCGUGGGUGUCAUUGUGGAAAUUGUUUGUUCAGGGAAGAGUUGUCAAAGGAUGCACUUCCCGAGUGGAUUGAUUUGCAGCUGAAGAAAGAGAUGGUUUUGGGAUUUGGCAUUUUAAGCAAUGACCUUGCUUCCUUACUCUGCGAACCAGAUGAGCAUGGUGGUUUUACUCUAGUAAGGGUAAUGUCGUCAGGAAAGUUUGAAUUGCAGAGGUAUCACGCCUCCCAGGCUAUGGCUAGAAGCUUGGAAGAUUGCCACGAAGCAGAUUUAUGUUUGGAGUCACACUUGUUGUGUCCCUUGAGUGUUAAGGAAUACAAAUACAAAUCUUCAGAAUUUCGUUACUUAAAAUUGAAUUACCUUUAUGCCUAUGCAAAUGGUAAUCUUGGUCAAAUCCUAACUACAAAACUAGAAAAGACCUAUUCUGAUGAUCAAGAGGAGGCACCUUUUUGUUCAGAAGUUCAUGAAUUAUUGUGUAAAAAAUUAAAUGCUUGUGGGUUGGGCCAUUCAAGAUCAUCUCCUGCAAUUUCUUCUAUUUUUAAAGAUGUCACGCUACCAGCAAGCUUCCACGAGGUUGCCUUGAGAAAAUUGUGGACUGACUUGCCUUUAGAGUUAUUACAGUUAGCAUUUUUGAGUUAUUCUGAAUGUCGUGAAGUCAUUGCACACAACCAAAAUAUGGUACCUUUAGAAUUUUCAGCUGUUCCAGACCUUCCUCAGCUGCCUCCGUUCUUUCUAAGGAAACCAUCACCCCAUAGCGACAAUGACAUUGUGGGUCCAGUUAUUCCUUUCCCUGUUUUACUUGUGAUUAAUGAAGUUCGCUAUGGGUACUCAAGUUCGGAAAGUGAUGAAUUUUCAGUAGAAGCAGAGCUUGACCUCAAAUACAAAGAAGUUAUGCAGGUCGCUUGUGAGAUUGCUGGUUCGUGUCACCCUGAUGAUCAUGAAAUCUCCCUUGGUGAUGACAAAACGGAACAUUGGGAUGGUUCUUUGAAACCAAAAUCUUUUUCGACAUAUCGUCAAAUAGACAAUGUACAGGGAAACUCUGUUCAUACUGAUACCAUUUAUGAUACAUUUAUUUUUAAGGUUUCGGAGAAGUCCUGUGAGGAGCCCGGUGAGAAGACUGAAUCUGUCGGAGAAGAGAUGUUUGAUGAUCUUUGCCCAAUUACGUUGCGGUUUGAUGCUCCUGUGACCAAGUUUGAACAGCAGAGUUUAGAGGCGUUCACAUUAUUGAAAUUGAAGAUGUCUAAAUGGCAAAAUAGUUUUGAUUUGUAUAAUGAAUUUUGUAGUCAAUCUGGAUUUUAAAAAGCCGUUAACAAGCUAAUAGAUGAUCCUUCACUCAUUCACCGUUAGCUCAUUUGAACACGUGAUAGCAAAUGAGUUGUAAAGAAAGGUUUUUUAAAAGAUGAUCUGAUAGCAAUUAUUACUGUUACACACAGGCUCUCCCUUAAAGGGUUAGCUCCAAGGUGUUACUUUCUUUAAUUGUGCAUAUAUUUAUGAGUAACUUUGGCUUUUCUUUAUAGAAGCUUGUACUAUAUUUAAAUUUUUCCUAUCAAACUCUGUCUAUGCAUGAUUUUACUGUA